AUGGCCUACUACGACGAUCGUCACUACCAUCCCGCCCGCGAUCGAUAUGCCCGGCCCGGCCCCGGCUACGAGGAGGACCCUUACUACUAUGCUGACCCUCGGAGUCGUCCCCCAACGGAUCUUGUCCGUCGUCGCAACGGAAGCAGCGAGUCCGUGAAUGACCUGCCCCGUCAUUACCCCCCCAGCGAUUACGGCUACGAAUACGGUUACGGAUACCCCCCGAAUCCAAGACGGUCUCGAGUAGCUACCGUGCAGGAGGGUGUGCGCAGAUCCCAUUCGCUGAACGGCGGGCGGGGCGCCUAUUACGAGGACUCGGAGUACUCGUAUCGACCCCGCCAUGAGCGUCGUUCGAGGCAUGAGGGCGAUAGACUUGACCGCCACAAAUACUCCCGUUCUCCAUCAAGCAGCCGCUCUCCGCCCCGUAGACGGCGCAAGUCCUUUUCCGAGCAGGCUCUGGGCGCUCUUGGUCUGGGAGCGGCGGCAUCCUCGGCUUCCAGACAUCGCGAUCAUAGCCGGGGUCGCUCCUAUGGUCACCAUGGCGGGUCCUACUCGUACUCCCCCUCGCGCUCCCGCAGCCGAAGCCGUCACCGUCGGGACAAGAGCGAGCAGCGCAUGGCUCAGGCUGUCAAGGCCGCGCUGACUGCGGGAGCCGUCGAGGCCUUCCGUGUUCGCAAGGAACCCGGCGAGUGGGCAGGCGAGAAAGGGAAACGGGUCCUCACGGCUGCAAUUACCGCCGCGGGUACAGAUGGGCUGGUCGACCGUGACCCGAACAAGCACUCGAAGCGCCACAUCAUCGAGUCCACGCUCGCGGGGCUGGCGGCCAACCAUUUCGUGAAUGGGCCACGGUCCAGGUCGAGGUCCAAAUCCCGCGGUCGCCGCUCCGACAGCCAGAGCAAGCUCAAGAACCUCGCCGCCACGGGCGCGCUGGCUGCAGUCGGCAAGGAGGCCUACGAGCGCUUCAAGUCCCGCUCCCGGUCCCGUCAUCGGGGCCGGUCCAGCUCCCGCGACAGCUACGAUGAUAGCGGCUCGCCGCGUCGCCAUCGCUCGCACAAGCGGAGCAAGAGCGUGACGGACUACAUCAACCAAGGCAUGGAAGCGCUGGGCCUGGGGGACAAGGACAAGGACAAGGACAAGGAUGGCCGGCGAGGAAGACAUCGGGGGCGGUCCUCGCGCUACGAUGACUACUCGGACAGCGAUCGGGAUAGUGAGUAUGGGCCCAGACGGGCCAGGCACUCCAGAGAAGUAGGUCGACCUCGUUCUGUUUAUGGCAUGCAACCACCAAGUUCUUCCACCACCACCACUACGUCGGGAGCCAGGGGCUUACAGGCUAUGGACGGCGACGACGACCACCACUCCACCUCGGACAAGGAUUCAUCUUCUGACCUGGGAAACAGUUCCGAUGAGGGCAAGCGACGCAGGAAGCUCGACCAGCAGGCCCUGGUGACGGCGGGUCUGGCCACCGUGGCGACGAUCCACGCAGCACACGGGCUGCACAAGAACAUGGAGAAGCGCAAGCAGCGCAUGCGGCUGGUGAAGGAGGGCGAGAUGUCGCCCGAGGAGGCCCGCCGGCGCCGGAUCAAGGCCAACCUGGCCGACGCCGCCAGCAUCGGCCUGACCGCGCUGGGCAUCAAGGGCGCCGUCUCGGAGUGGAAGGAAGCCGACGAGAAACGCAAGGAGCGCGCCGAGUUCAAGAAGAAAUGCGAGGAACAUCGCCAGAAGCGCCACCGGCGCAUGCGCAGCCAGCCCCCCCGGCGGACGGUCUACCCGGACGAGAUCGAGGAGAACGCCAGUCCUUCGGGAUACUCGCGCUCGCGGGCUCACACGGUCCGAUCGCCGAGUGUCGGGGCGGAUACGGGAUCUCGGUCUUCGUAUUGGAGUUGA